ACCAUAGUCUGUCAAGGUUGCUUGGCUUCGAGCUGUAAAAGAUCACGAUAGCAACUUGUGUGACAGAGAUCCAGAUAUGGCUUGGUUAGCUAGAUCCAUUGCGAACUCACUCAAUUUCGAUGAGGACGAUGAAGAUGAUGAAAAGCGACGAUCUCUUGAUGAGUCCGUUCCGAAUCAAUCGCCUUCGCUAUCGGUGUCGGAGUCACAGUCUCCUCGAGGCGUUAAGGAAGACAUCUCCGAACUUACCAAGAGCUUGAGAAGCCAAUUCUGGGGCGUAGCUUCGUUCCUAUCGCAACCUUCUUCAUCUCCGGAUGUUCAGGAGAGAAAUCAGAGUCCCGAUCAUGCGAAGGAAGGUGACGACGAGGAUCUGAUUGCUGGGAUUAGGAACGAUUUCGCGGAGAUUGGCGGGAGGUUCAGGACGGGGAUUUCGAAGCUCUCUGAGAACUUACCGGUGUCUGAUUUCACAAAGAUCGCUUCGAAUUUCUUACAACUAGGUUCAGAUGGAGUGGAUCCCAAGGAUUACGAUGUUGGAAACGUAAUCGGAGUGACCGAGGAAUUAGUUGCGUUUGUGAGGGAUCUUUCGAUGCAUCCUGAGACUUGGUUGGAGUUUCCUUUACCUGAUGACGAUGAUACAUUCGAUGACCUUGAAAUGACCGAUGAUCAACACGAGCACGCUCUGGCGGUGGAAAGGCUUGCACCGAGCCUGGCUUCUUUGAGGAUUGAGCUUUGCCCAGAAUAUAUGAGUGAGAAUUGCUUCUGGAGGAUUUACUUUGUACUUGUGCAUCCUAAACUCAGUAAACACGAUGCCUUGCUUCUGUCCACUCCUCAGGUACUCGAAGCAAGAGCAAUGAUAUCACAUGAGUUGCAGAAAAGAAACAAAGCACCGGUGGAAGCAGAGAGUUCUGAAGCUAACACUGCGAUGCUUGAACCUCUCGCUGUGCCUUAUAACCCUUCACCGGAAUCAUUAACUGUCAAAACCGUAAUUCCAAAUGAAACACCCGACUCUGAAACAGACAAGCACUCAAUUGAGAGCAAGGAGAUACAAGUCGUUGACAAAUCUGUCGUUGAAGAAAGAAACAAAUCAGCUGUUUCUUCAUCUAGAAUCAUCAAUUUGCAAGUCGAGGAAGGAGAAGAAGACGACGCGGAUGAUUGGUUGAACGACGAAGAGACUUCACAAUCUGUUAGCGCCUUGGAAGGAGGAGUAACUACCAAACAUCCUCUUGGUGAAGAUGAAGAAGAUGUAUCAUUCAGUGAUCUAGAAGAAGAAGACGAGGAAGGAGAUGUGCCAGUGAGUUACAAGAAAGUUACUAACACUGGUUCACCAGAAUGGAUUCGGCUAAAAAAUUCCAGAAACGGCCAGGUAAAAGAGAACAAAGAAUCAAACGACUGGCUUGAUGUUGAUGAAAUGUGACCUAAGUGACCUCUAAUAUUCUUUUUGGUUAUAUAAAUUUAGAUCUCUACGUCUUCCAAAAAUCUGAUCCUUUAAAACUUGCUGUGAAUAGCUUUUUUAUUUACGGUUUUAUAAUCUUUUUUUUUCAAUCAUGUAUUAGUAUUAAUGUAUCUAGAUUAAUUAUUUCUAUUGCAAAACCAGUUUUUUUUUGUU